CAUCACCACAGCAGGGCGUGAGCAGAGCUAGCGGAGAGGCACGAAUGCGCACGUCUGCUGAGCAAAGUUGCGUGCGCGUCAACGGAUGAGCUCACAAAAAGCAACAGGUUUGAAAUGAAGUUGCGGUCAGAUGCUCCCCAGCAGUGACAGGAGGACACACAGGCGCUCUCUCGCUCGUGGAUUCGGAUUGCGACGCUAUUUAUUCACCCUUUGACAGGAGGUCUUGACAAUUCCCACGUUUUUAAAGUUUCGAGGAGCUUCUACGGAGUCAUGUGUGAUCUUUGCGAACACAAUGGACAUUCAGACAAGCAAGUUAAAAACAGAUGUCGACAACUGGUUGAUGUGAGACUCCACUGAAUGAUCACGGAAUCGACAUUUUGCUCAGUCUUUAAAGUAGUGGUUCUGUAAGGGGUUUUGGGAGAGCUGGAACAGUUUGGAAACACUUUCGGCUAUGGCAGCAGCGAGAUAUUACUUUUAAUUUACUUAAUCAACUUUAUCAUGGUAAUUCAACCAAACAUCUAUGUGGAUUACGCAACCAGAUUGCAGCAACACGUUUCCAAGACUGCGUUUGAUUAACUACACUCACUGAGGUGAAAGAAAGUGUGCAUUCCAGUUGGAGCUUUCUGGGGCAAACCACGGCACGUCGCCGGCAUGGUGCGCCUCCUGAACUGCCUCUUUCUGGGCUACCUGACAUGGAACCUCCGGAUAUCGGAUGCCCAGGGAGAGUAUUGCCACGGAUGGCUGGACGGACAUGGAAAUUACCACGAGGGCUUUCAGUGCCCCGAAGACUUUGACACGAUGGACGCAACUGUGUGCUGCGGGACAUGCUCGCUACGGUACUGCUGCGCUGCCGUGGACGCGCGCCUAGACCAGGGGAGCUGCACAAAUGACAGAGAAGUGGAGAACACCGAAUUCGCAGCCCAGCCCAUCUACGUGCCCUUCCUGAUGGUGGGCUCCAUCUUCGUGGCCUUCGUGGUGGUGGGCAGCCUGGUGGCCGUGUACUGCUGCACCUGCCUGCGGCCCAAGCAGCCCACGCAGCAGCCCAUCCGCUUCUCGCUGCGCAGCUGCCAGGGCGAGACCAUCCCCAUGAUCCUCACCACCAGCGCGCCGCCCAGCCUCAGCCUCCGCACGCCCUCGCGCCAGUCCAGCUCGGCCACCACCAGCUCCAGCUCGGCGGGCGGGGGCAGCGGCGGCACGGCCAGCAGCUCCCUGCGGAGGUUCUCGCUGGGCCGCGCCGAGCAGCAGGCCUCCAUGCAGGUGCAGAUGAACGUGCCCAUGCCCCAGCCUGCGCUGCCACCUCCGCCGCCACCUCCCUACAGCUCCCCGGCGGCGUGCCUACCCUCUGCCCACGUACACUCGCACUCGCACACACACACCUCCAUGCAGCUCCACCACCCCCACCCCCACCCCCACCCCUCCGCGCAGGCCUCCGGGUUCCUGCUGCCCCAGCAGUACUUCUUCACCCCCAUGCAGACUGAGCCCUUCGGGGCACCCAAGGGCUUUGCGGACUUCAGCCAAAGCUGACUGGUCCUGGACACCCUCUGAAUGAACAACCACGCCAUCAUUCACCUCCUGCAAGCUACAAACUCUCUUGAGUCUCUCUGUGUAGCCCCAAUGGAGGAGCCACAGGGUGUCUGUACUGUGUGUGUGUGUGUGUGUGUGUGUGUGUGUGUGUGUGUGUGUGUGUGUGUGUGUGUGUGUGUGUGUGUGUGUGUGUGUGUGUGUGUGUGUGUGUGUGUGUGUGUGUGUGUGUGUGCUGGGGGGAGGAGGAGGUAUGAACGUUCACAGAGGUGGUUGUUGGUUGUUGAGUCCCUACGGGGAGGGAGGCUGGGUCAGGCGAUGUUGCCUUUGGAGUGACUGCAUGGGACCCUAUCCACAGUGCUUCCCUGGAGAAAGACUGGAUGAGAAACACAGAAAUCGAAAAGAGAGAGUGAGAUUGUGAGACUAUCUGUGAAAGCUUUUUUAUCCAUUCGGAUACGGACACUACUCCCCCGUCGGAUGAAGGGAUCUCACUGUGAACCAAGCCAGAGGACAAAAAAAUGCACUUUCAUCAGCAGUCUUUGUUUCUUUUUGUUCUUUUCUUACAGAACUCCCACCCCUUCAUGACACGUUUAUCUUUAAUUGUUUUGUGAACCUUUGGUGAUUUCUUUUUUCUCCCCCAAGAAGUAAUUACAAGUUUCCAUUUCAAAGACUGAGCAGCAAGCAAGUUUGGGGAGUUUGCUUUGGACACGUUUAUAUUGUCGUAAGGCAUUAAAAAGGAAACCAGGGAUUUCUUUCUAAAAAAAAGUAUUUUUUUGACAAUCUCAAGGCUCUUCUAAAAGAAGGGGCUUAAAAUGAACUUUUAGUGUUUUUGUUGUAAAUGUCACAGAAUGAUGUUAGCUCUGUGUUGAAACGGACCAUGGUAUUUUUUCAUGCAUUACAUUACACAACCUCUUCAGGGCGCAAAUGGAUUAAGGGCUAAAGAUCAACAUCAGAUCCAUGUUUUUCAAGAAAAUGCAAUUGACAUUGACGUAUGGAAAAUAAAAAGUAAAACAGCCCAUUUAUGGAUAAAAAAGCAAGAUGAACUUGUGACACCACUUCUUAUAGUCUGUCAAAGUGAAAGAGUGGUUGAAUACCCACAAGGACCAUCAAAAUAUCUGUAGGGUCGCUACAGUAUGUUCAAAACAAUCCUCUUCGUAAAACUAUAGCACCAGAGCCGAAUCCAUCGGCACAACUUCUAUGACAUGCUCUCGUGUUCCGCAGAAGCAGCACUGGAGGAAUCUGUUUAGGUCAUUUUGUCCUUUAUUUCCUUUCCAGUAUCCUUUUAUAUAAUACUUCAUGUUUGUCAGUACUGACCGCUGUGGAUCUGGCCCAGGUGCACCACUGCCUGCUCGUUUGAAGACGUCUUAUUUACCAUGGAAUCCAUACAGCACCGUUGGGAUGCUAUGGGGGCAACCCUCCCCCACCCUCAGACACCUCAGUAACAACAAUCAAUGUCCUUGUCUUGUGUACAACAUUUCGAUAUUAAAAUAUGAAUACUAAAAAAAAAGGUUGACAUGAUUGUGUUUCGGCCAGUGUACUUUGACACAUUCCAUUGAAGUGCUUUAGGUACUUUGAUCCAAUCAAUUACUCAUAUGUUAAUUUUAAAUUUGGAUGGCAUCUAAAAAACCUAUAGGAGGCAGAUACGGCAAACUUCGGGAACUUUGGGAUAAGGCUGAUUUUCAGGCAACACUGUAAGCACAUGAUUUCAGGCUUCAGAUUCCAGAAGGUUAAGAUUUCAGACUACACGUUAUAAUAGAGAGCUGAAAUGUCACCUUUUUUUUACUCAAUUUACCAUAGAAUAUCAUUUCUACAACACAAAUGUUAACCAAAGCUUCUUUUAAUUCAGAAUGAACUGUCUCUGGUUUAACGAUACAGUAAAAGCAAUAGUAGAACACGAGGCCAAAGCAAUGACUGUAGGCUAUCCUCCACACUCAUUGGGCCAAAUCCUCA